CCCACUUCCUCAGCAAAAAGUGUUCCACCUUAAAGCCAGCCUCGCCGAGGCAAAGUCCACCCAGUAACCGGCCUUCCAACAGUCUCAGCAGGGAGGAAUUAAAAUUUUUCAUCUAUAAUUUGGAAGCUAAGUUCAUAACAAAAUGAAUUCAGCAAAGUAUCUGUUGACUCCUAGUAAGAAAUUGGAAAGUGUUCCAGAAUUAAGUAGUAAAAAUCUAUUAGUUAAAUUGCCUUCGCCACCUUAUCCAAAGAGAAAAAACAGUGCAAAAUUAGUACGUGAGAGAAUUGAACCCAUGGUUCUAAGAUCCCCACCAACAGCAGGAUCUGUUGUGCAGUACGCUUUGCCUAUUCCAUCAAGUAAGAUAAAGGACAUUUUAGCAGAAGAUGAGAUGCUUGUGAAAAUUACCAGACAUCUGAAGACGAUUGUUUCUACUUUGGAAGAGGCCUAUGGAACUGACAUUCAAAGCGUACCAAAAACAUUUGUGAAGUCUGAUCAGGAAGACUUGUGUUUAUCUGUUGGGGAUGAUUUGAGUUCGUUCUUGACGAGUUGUUCACAAUAUGCAGAGCAGCUUGAAGCAGCAGUUAAGGAAGAAGAUACUAUUUUGGAAUCUCUUUUUAAGUGGUUUCAGUGGCAGGUCAAUCAGAUAGAGGAGAUAAGUAAAGAUAAAACUUUUUCAGAAGCAGAGUUUCAAGAGGCUGACAAAGAUGUCACUUUAAGUAUUGGACAAAUAGUAGGACGUGUACAAAAACUUGAAGAACUGAGAAUGCGUCUUAAAAAGAGGACUGCACAGGCCUUCAAAGCCAUGUUGCCUAAACCCCCGGAGAAAGAAGUUAUCCCUGAAGAUUUGUCAAAAAUGGAGGCAACUUAUGAAGUCAUAGAGCACAAGAUAGAAGAAUUCAUAAAAACCCAUUCGCCUGAAAAAUUUACAGAAGUUUCUGCAAGGGAACCACAUCCACAAACUCCUGAUUCAAUAAGUAAUCGAUUGAAUAUCAUGUUGGAAAUAUUUGAAGACCAGGCAAAUAUGUUGGAGAGAGCUAUAAAUGAUCUAAGUGCAUUAGAUGCUAAAUACAAACAGAUGCAAAGUGAUUUUAAAGGGUUAUCAGAUGAGAAACUGAUGCUGGAAAAUGAACUACAAAAGUUGACAGAUACAGAGAUGAUUACACAGAAAGCAAAGCCUGCGCAUGAGCGCACGAAGAAAACUGCAAAAGCAGAGAAGAAAAGAGACAAAGGAAAAUCUGAGGAUUUGGAAGGGAAGAAGUCUCCAGACCAAGAACUUAAAAAAGAGGAUUUGCUUCAAGUCCAGAAAGUUGCACACACUCUGGAGAUUGAGAACACAUUCCUAAAGGAACAGCUGAAACAGGCUUUAGAGAUCUCAGUUCAAAGUAGAAGAUCAAUUGAAGAAAGAUCCUAAUAGAAUUUCUGAAAUACUUUGGAAAAGUCUCCCAAACCUUCACAGAGUGGAUGGGAGCGAAGUAAGGAGACCCCACCUGAGCAGAUACAUGGUAUUGCUUACAAUAAAGUAAAUUUUC